AUGGCAUCUGACACGGACAGUAGUCUGCUUAAUGAAAGUGAUAUAAAACUGAUGAAAAUUGAGGCUGAUGCAGCCGUUCAGGAAGUAGCAUUUGCCGUAAAACAUGUGGAAAUAUCUUCCAAGUUACCUGCAUCAGACGAUGUCGUGUAUCUCAACAUAGUUACCAAGGAAAAUGAUACUUUUUGCAUCGAACUCACAGUACAAGGCUUUCGGGUUAUCGGACAUGAAUACGAUACCAUCACCAAGGACAUCUCUACACCCUACUUCGAAACCAUUUACUCCCUCCUUGAUCAUUACAGCCCUAAGUAUAGGCUGACAUUUGGCCAGGCUCUCGCUGAUAAACUGCAGGAACUCCAAGAGACUGAGAUAGGAAACAGCGAGGAUGAGGAAAAGUAGGGGGGGAAAGUGCUCUACAACUCGCGAGACUGAAAAAUAGCUUUACGUUUAGAACAUGGAGAGCUGUAGGUGAUAAGUAGAAUCUGCACCCUUGAGGAAAAGGAACAGAAUUAAUUCCAGUGUCGGCCAGGCUCUCGCGGAUAAACUGCAAUUUACUCCAAGAGACGGAGAUAAAAAAAACAGUGACAAUGAGGAGAAGUAGGCGGGGAAGUGCUCUACAACUCUUGAGACUGAAAAAUAGCUUUACACUUAGAACAUGGGGAGAUGUAGGUGAUAAGUAGAAUCUGCAUCCUUGAGGAAAAGGAGCAGAGGCAGUUUCGUCGUCUCUUCAUCAAGUUUCCCACCGAAGAGAAGAAUACUGAAGAGAGAGGAGAGAGCGGAUGAAUGAAAGGCACAUUCUGCAAACCCCAGCAAGGAAUGAAAAUAGCGAGAUGGAAAAAUAAGAGGGGAAGUUAUCUUUCAUUCUCCUGAUUUCUAUUGGAGAAGAGUCUUGAAAAUUAGAAAGUGAUUGUCAAACCCUGCAACCUUCAGGUGACAGAGGUAGCAAAAAUUAGAUGAGGAUGAGGAUUACUGGAGAGAGAAAUGCCUGCUUCUUCAGCAUCCGAUUGAACAAAAGAAUACUUAAAGGAAUAAUGAGACGGUUUUAUAGGACUUUGGAACUUUCCAUGAUUGUGGCAAAAUGUGAUCGAGAAGUUAUUGCUUGAGGAAAAGAGGAAGGGUGACAGACGGAAGAUAUUAUGGAGAAGGAGGACAGUUG